AUGGCUUCAUCAAAUCGCAACUCGCGCCUCGGGACUCCUGACAAUGGAGGGGACAUGGAGCCGUUCCCCUCUAUGCCCACCUCUACUACGGCUGCUGGCCCAAGUUCAAGCGGUCCUACAACUACCACCACCACUACAACAGGCCCGACUAUCACCACCACUACAACCUACUCUCGCGGCAGACCCUACACAAUAACCUCCUCGCAACCUUCGAUUAAUGCCUCAACACCGUCCAUUACCACCACCACACCCACCACUGUUGUCUCGACCGCCAAUCCUGCGGCAGGUUCUUCUACACCGCGAACCACCAACCUCCCUCCUGCUCAGAUCAACCGUAUAAGGCCAAUCGGGAUAAGGAGACUCCCAUCGUCCAACCUACGAGCAGGAUAUGAAGCAGGAUCAUCAGCCACCGAUGUUAGCAGCGGCGCUAAUCGCUCACCCUCCCGUCGGGGAAGAAGCACAUCCGCCCCUCAACAUGCCAGCAGCUUGACCGUGCCUGGUCAGGGUGACAAUCUGUCCCGACAAAAUACGAGACAAUCACAGCUGGCUUCGGUCGCUGAGCAUCCUGGGGCGGCAGCUCCGGCGGAUUCCACGGUCGAUCGGCAAGCUAUGAACGAGACUGGAACCGGUGGUGUCAGUCGCAGACGCAGUGUUAGCAAUGCCGCGCGAUCAGUUCUCAGCAAGUUCAGUGAUCACUCUCGCGAGCGCCAAGAGCCAGAGUAUGAAUCAGAAGUCGUCGAUCUAUUGGAUGUACUCGACCCCGAAGUCCAGACACUGACCACUCUUACCAAUGUGCAAAACUCCCUUUUCGUUCCGGACCUUGGUCGGUGGUUGAACAGAAGGCCCACCUAUGAGCUGAGUCGUCGAUCCACGAUGAGCCGCCAAUCACAAGGUCAAGACCAGAUUGGAACUACUCCGACGAUCCAACGAACUUGGUCGUGGCAGCGGCGACCCCAGAUAGAACGAACCCACAGUAUAUCAUCAGUGGUUACGGACUCUCACUACGCUGUCUUGCCCCAUGGUUUCUCUUUGGACGGGUGGAGCGAGGAAGACAAGGAAGCCUUGGAUGACCAUGUCCGGCACAUGCUGCAUUCCAAGCGCUCAAAAUUCAAGCAAAGGAUGGUUGCUUUUGGCAAGUAUAUUCGUAAACCUUUGGGCUUUUUCGUUACUUUGUAUGCGGUCCUGAUCACCCUCUUCGGUUUGGCUUGGGUGCUCUUCUUGAUCGGUUGGAUUUAUGUUGGUGAUCAACAGCUUUAUAUUAUCAAUAUCAUCGACAAUGUGUUGGUGGCUCUUUUCGCCAUCGUUGGUGAUGGUUUGGCCCCUUUUCGUGCUGUCGACACAUAUCACAUGAUCUACAUCGCACACUAUCACCAUUUGACGUGGAGAUUGAGGCGUGAGCAGGCACUGCCCAAGCUUCAUGAUCACAAUGAUCUUCCAGCAGUUCCAAAGGAAGCGGUAGACCCAGAAGCCCAGAAGCCUGACGAGUUCGAGUUUUCGGUUUUGAGUGCGAAACAGCAGCAGAAGCUGAUCCAUCAUCAAGCCAAGUUCUCGAAAUCUCAUUCUUUCUACAAGCCACAUGAAACAUCAACACAUUAUGCAUUCCCACUGCGGCUUCUUGUAGCUAUUGUGGUCCUCCUUGAUUGUCACUCACUCUUUCAAAUUGCCCUUGGCGCCUGUACCUGGGGUAUCAGCUACCACUAUCGCCCGGAAGCUUUGACGGCCACAAUUCUGUCAUGCUCUAUCACGGUCAACAUCACGGCAGGCAUUCUCAUCAGCGUGGGCGAUCGAAAGACUCGAAAGAAGGACGUGGCUCUUAGAAUGACAAGACAGGACUUGACUACAACUGCAAUCAAGAAGGUUGAGAAGCACAAACAAGAGAGAGCAGAGCAUCUGAGAGAUGUCUCUCAGAGAGAGAACUUCGAGGUGAUUGACGAGGAGACGGCAGACCAAGUCAGAUCCUCACGCUCUCCUUGA